AUGCCUUCUUAUGAAAACUUUCUCAAGGAAAUUCUUUCCAACAAAAAGAAGAUUAAUGAUGAUAUCGUCACUCUUCCUUUUCAAGUUAUUGCUCUAGUGCAACAUAAGAUGCCUAAGAAGCAACAAGAUUCCGGGUGCUUUACUUUGCCGGUUAAGAUUGGGAAUUUGGAAGCUAAGGGUGCCUUAGGCGAACUUGGGGCUAGUGUCAGUUUGAUCCUAUUGUCCAUUGCUCGACAACUUAACAUUAAAAUGAUCCCUACAAGAAAGAUAAUUCAACUUGGCGAUCGAUCGGUAAAGUUGCCAUGUAGGGAGCUUGAGGAUGUUCCUAUUCAUGUAGGACAUAUCUAUAUUCCUUGUGAUUUUGUUCUCAAGGACAUGGAGGAAGAUGACAAGACACCUUUAACCUUGGGUCGUGAGGCUUUUAAGACCUUAGGAGCGGUGAUCAAUUGCAAGAACAACACUAUCACUUGUGAAGUUGCUGAUGAAAAGAUAAUAUUUGAAUUUUCCAAGGUAUUUAAGAAUCCCAUGGUGGAGAAUAUUUGUAGAGUGGAUUUGGUAGGUUCCCCUUAA